ACAACUGAAAAACCCACCACAACUACAACUACUGAGAAACCCACCACAACUACAACCACUGAAAAACCCACCACAACUACAACAACAACUGAGAAACCCACCACAACUACAACUACAGAGAAACCCACCACAACUACAACAACUGAGAAACCCACCACGACUACAACUACUGAGAAACCCACCACAACUACAACCACUGAAAAACCCACCACAACUACAACAACAACUGAGAAACCCACCACAACUACAACAACUGUGAAACCAACCACAACUACAACAACUGAAAAACCCACCACAACUACCACAACUGAGAAAUCCACCACAACUACAACAACAGAAAAACCCACCACAACUACAACAACAACUGAAAAACCCACCACGACUACAACAACAGAAAAACCCACCACGACUACAACAACUGAGAAACCUACCACAACUACAACAACAGAAAAACCCACCACAACUACAACAACUGAAAAACCCACCACAACUACAACUACAACUGAGAAACCCACCACAACUACAACAACUGAGAAACCCACCACAACUACAACAACAACUGAAAAACCCACCACAACUACAACAACAGAAAAACCCACCACAACUACAACAACUGAAAAACCCACCACAACUACAACAACUGAAAAACCCACCACAACUACAACAACUGAAAUACCCACCACAACUACAACAACAACUGAAAAACCCACCACAACUACAACAACUGAAAAACCCACCACAACUACAACAACUGAAAAACCCACCACAACUACAACAACUGAAAAACCCACCACAACUACAACAACUGAAAUACCCACCACAACUACAACAACUGAAAAACCCACCACAACUACAACAACAGAAAAACCCACCACAACUACAACCACUGAGAAACCCACCACAACUACCACAACUGAAAAACCCACCACAACUACAACAACAGAAAAACCCACCACAACUACAACAACUGAGAAACCCACCACAACUACAACAACUGAAAAACCCACCACAACAACAACAACAACUGAAAAACCCACCACAACUACAACAACUGAAAAACCCACCACAACUACAACAACUGAGAAACCCACCACAACUACAACAACAGAAAAACCCACCACAACUACAACAACUGAAAAACCCACCACAACUACAACUACAACUGAGAAACCCACCACAACUACAACUACAACUGAGAAACCCACCACAACUACAACAACUGAAAAACCCACCACAACUACAACAACUGAAAUACCCACCACAACUACAACAACAACUGAAAAACCCACCACAACUACAACAACUGAGAAACCCACCACAACUACAACAACAGAAAAACCCACCACAACUACAACCACUGAGAAACCCACCAAAACUACCACAACUGAAAAACCCACCACAACUACAACAACAGAAAAACCCACCACAACUACAACAACUGAGAAACCCACCACAACUACAACAACAGAAAAACCCACCACAACUACAACCACUGAGAAACCCACCACAACUACAACAACUGAAAAACCCACCACAACUACAACAACUGAGAAACCCACCACAACUACAACAACUGAAAAACCCACCACAACUACAACUACAACUGAAAAACCCACCACAACUACAACAACUGAAAAACCCACCACAACUACAACAACUGAGAAACCCACCACAACUACAACAACUGAAAAACCCACCACAACUACAACAACAGAAAAACCCACCACAACUACAACUACAACUGAGAAACCCACCACAACUACAACAACAACUGAAAAACCCACCACAACUACAACUUCAACUGAAAAACCCACCACAACUACAACAACAGAAAAACCCACCACAACUACAACAACUGAGAAACCCACCACAACUACAACAACUGAAAAACCCACCACAACUACAACAACUGAAAAACCCACCACAACUACAACAACUGAAAAACCCACCACAACUACAACAACUGAAAAACCCAUCACAACUACAACAACUGAGAAACCCACCACAACUACAACAACAACUGAAAAACCCACCACAACUACUACAACAACGGAAAAACCCACCACAACUACUACAACAACGGAAAAACCCACC